AUGGGGGGCAUUUCGUCUGCCGCGGUCAAGCUGGGGUUCUUGUCGGGUGUGGCAGGCAUGUGCGCUGUGGCUUGGAGUUUCCAGGGCAAAGCGACGUUUUACACUCCGGCGAUGGGAGCAUGCGGAAAGGUCAACCACGAAGACGAGAUGGUGGUGGCCGUCAGCAAGGCGCAGUAUGGAGUGCACAGCAAUCCCAACAACGCGCCCGUCUGCAGCAAGUGCGCCCUGGUCAAGGCGGUGGAAUCCGGUGAGCAGGUCAAGGUCAAUGUGGUCGAUCAAUGCAACGGAUGUGCCAGCGGCGCGAUCGAUCUGUCCCCGGCCGCCUUCGAGAAAUUGGCUUCCAAGGACCUCGGCCACAUCGAGGUUACCUGGAACUACGUUAAGUGCUGA